AUGAGUUACAUCACCCGCCGUGCGCUUUCAUCCCUCAUUCCACCCAAGGUGGCAUCUCCAUCCGGCCUUGGUGCUGCACAAGAUGCUGCUCGAAUGCAGCGUGUAGUCAGCUUCUACGAGAAACUUCCUCGAGGCGCGGCUCCGGAGGUUAAGGCAAAGGGGCUCAUCGGGAGAUACCAAGCUCGUUACUUCGGAAAGAACCCGUCUGCAACACCGAUUAUUCACGCCAUUGUCGCUAUAGUUGCCCUUGGUUACGCUAACAACUACUAUUUCCAUCUUCGUCACCACAAGAACAACGCUCACUAA